UUUGCUUUUUUCAAAGAUGAACUCGAGGCAAGAAAAUCGCUCAAAGCGUUCUUUUACAGCCAGAAUUAAAACCAAAUAUUCUUUGGAACGAUUUCUUUCUAUUUGCGGUGAGAAAAUGUCUAAAGGCUUUUUAAAGUUCCAUAAGCUUAUCAUCAAAACUCAUACUCGGUCACUCUCGGUCAGAUCAUUGUCUCAAAUCUUACAAAGGUGCAUGAACCAAAUAGCCGCGUAAACUACGCUCGACUUCAUUAAAUUAGAUAUAAAAAACAAACAUCACAUACAAUAAUUACUCAGGCUUACCUUUCGAGAUGCACUGAAAACUAUCAAGUAAGGCAAAAAUCGCUUCAGACUUUUCAACCGUCUUACGCAUCAAGCUAGGUGAAAAACGAAAACGAUGUCAUCCGAAAUCGGAUUUCCGACUUUGCCAAAGCGACGUAUUUCUCAACCAAAAACCCAAUAAACAAACUAGUCAUGAAUAACAGAAGACUCUUGAUAGCAGCUGAAUUUCACUUUGUACAUUCAGUGGAAAAAGACAGUUAAAAAUAUCACAAGUUGACACAAAACUCUGUCAGCUUCAGCUGUCAAAGUAAACAAGUUUCAAGAUGCUGCAUAAAUUUUCCGCGUGAACUCACCUCUCAAAUUUUGACCAAUCAGAGUAUAAAAAUUGGAGGUAGAGCGUGACCAACGCGUGACCUUGGUGAGAAAAGUCAAAAGCAACUGGCAUGUCUUCCCUGCCUGUAAAAACUGGCUUAAUUUUUAGCUUCCGAGGUCAGUUUGAAAUCAAAAUUUUAAUUGUGCGGCACAUAUAAAACACAACAUAUUUCAUAUGAAUUAAAAAAAUUAAACUUGAGCCUGCAAUCAUUUGAAAACUAGUAACUUGUCAGCGGAUAACUUCAUAAAGAUACUCGACCUCGAUGGGUCGACACCUGAGCCCGCGAUACGGUCAGGUGAUACUGGUCAGCGGAUACUCUGUUUUGACAGCUGUCAAUUGAUCACAACAUUGAUCUGCAAUAUGUCUGCAAUAUCAGUCUUCCUGUGCUCCCAAACUAGCUAGAAAGUGUGAGAUUGAACUUUGGUUGCCCUGUGGUGCGGACGGACGGGCGGGCGGGCGGGCGGUGUACGGUCACGUGAUUACCAAAUUUUCUGGGAUGGGUAGAUUUACUUACCCAUGGUGCUCCGCAGGCGCGCUUCGCGCGCCAGAGCUCCGCUAUAAGUAGAUAAGUAGGUUGAGUAUGAUCGUUCGGGUGAACGUAGUCCUGAACAGGACUGUUGUUGUUGACAGUGACUGACGUUUCGACAGCCUGUCGAAGUCAUCCGUUCAGAUUCAAAAUUGAAUUGUAUCACGUCAGUUGAUGGUAUUUUUAUCUGGUUAUUGACCUGAUUGGUCAAUUAAGUCGCGUUAUUAUGGGCGUCUGUCAGUUGAGCGGUGAUGUUAUUGGCUAUAAAGACUCGUAAUGUCAUUGUCGCGUUUUGAUCCGUCUGUUGUCGCAGUUACUGAAACAGUUGUUUAUUGUUAGUCAAAUUGUCUGUUGUCCAGUCAUUCUGUCCUAAUUAGUUUUCCUUGAGUCCGUCAAUAAGUCGUUUGUAUUUGUACGGUGCUGGUAACUGUUGACUAGGAUUCAGUGGCGUUUGUUGUAAGUUAGUAAACCACUUUUCUAAAGUGAUUCGUUGAUAGUAGUAUGUAGAAUACGUAAUAUAUGUCGCAGAGUCCCAGUCGAUUUGAUGUUUCUUCUGUAAAUGGUGUACAGCAAUAUGAUUGCUGACGUCACAUCUUCUUGUCGCUCGCUUGUGAUCAGUGGUCACGAGCUAAGGUUUCUGCAGGUUUCACCAAUGAAAUUGGCCUGGCAAUCGCAGCAUUUGAUCUUGUAUACUGCUCCCUCUCUGCCCUCUGGUUUGUCUUUGUCCUUAAAGUUAGUUAGCAGCCGUCGUAAAGUGGUUGUCGGUUUGCGCACAACGCGUAUGUUGUAGGGUUGUUGUAUACGUGCGAUAGUUUCAAAGGUGCCUCUGAUCUACGGCAUUUUCGCUGCCGUAACAUACUCAGACCAAUACUCAGACCAACGUUUACUCUGGCAUCGUGAGACAAACGAUAUAAUUAACCAAUAACAAUAACCUUUUUUAUUGGUAACAUAUGAUUGCUUUUGAAUUAACAUAUAGUUGUUUCUCCUUGAAACAGAUAACAUUUCUCGAAACAACAGUUAAACUGGCAGAGCUGGUGACUGGUUCUUUUGCCUUCACAUUUUUACCAACGGCGUUUUCAUUUAAUCCGCCCAAGAUCAAAUUUAUGAACUAUUUCAAGUGGAAGAGAGCUGCUGUUGUGUAUGAUUUCUUGACAGAUGAAGGGGCUAACGUUAAGGUUAGUAUUCUGUCAAUUUAUGGCACAGGGCAAAAUGAUGACAAUUCACUUUCUCAUAUCAGGAACUGAAAAGAUAAAAGCCGUGCAAGAUGAUCCCCAUGACUUAUUUAAAAAUAGUGGUAACUAAACGACCAGUAACUGGAAACUUUUGCUCCAUGCGUUGGUACAAAUAGACGUUUGCCUUUAUCCCACUAAAGAAGUCAGUCUAAGUCUGUAUUUAUUAUGACUGGCGCUGCAAGUGGGCGAAGCGAAGCGAGUGCUGUGUUCUGAUUGGCCAAUUGCUGGCCAAAUCUGUUCUGUCAGCAAGGCUGGAAAUGGGACUCGUUCUCUGAGUGUUUUGAUGGACCUCGAUUUUGCUCCUAGCAUUUUAUUUACUUCCUAGUAAGCUUUAUUUUUUUGGUGUUCCGGUCAUUAACUACGUGUAUAAGGCCUCCUUUCUUAUCUUGGGAUACUUUGAUUAAGUAUAUUAAAAUUGCAUUUGCUGCAUCGCAAGUUCCAAAGCCGCUGGGGGUGUGAACGAAGUAAAGUUAUGUUGAUAGUGGCCUUAGCUCCUACGAGUCUCCUAUAGCUUAUAUAGUGGUAGAGCAUCUGCACUGGUAACCAGAAGGUCAUUGCUUAAUUCAACUUCUACAGAGAAGGGAAGUGAUGACGUCACAAAAACUAAAUUUGUGAAAUUAUGGGAUAGGUUGGUAUAUCCAGAAAGAACAAAAUGAAGAAUGCCCCCUUGCUAAAAAGGAGCCUUAUUCACUCCCCACCAAUUUGCCUUUAAAAAGGUGGGGAGAAAGUAUCCCAUACUUUGCGCAUGCGCAAUUCGUUCGAUAGUACCAUGUGCUUGGUCGGACAUGCUUCUGAUGCUUGUUGCAUUUUACUGUUCAAAUUCGCCCACUAAAUACGUGAAAUCCUAGUACAUUACAAAUUCCAUAUAAAUCUUCUAAAACUAGACCUCGACCGUAAGAGUUACGACCCAGGCCAAUUUUAUAAGGAUUUGUAUGGAGUCAUUAGAGCAUAACGGUACUUAUAUCUCAAGACAAAGGGGACAUUUCUCAUGUUUUUCUUUCAGAAUAUGUCAACCAGUCCAAUAAUUUCUAAAAUUUAUAUUUUGUGACGUCACCGUUCUCUUCGCUAUUAGAAGUACUCCAAUGCUUUUUUCCUUGCCGCCUGUGUCGCUGACUGCAUAAAUAAACAUCUUUUCUCAAAAUUCUACGAGUCCCCUUUGUUUUUCCUCUUUAAAAGGAAUCCGGUUUACGAACUUUUGCUGUACGCACCUUUUACACACCUCCCCCGUAAAUUGAGAUGAGUUCCCCCCUUAUUCUGUUCAUACUUUUUUGACCCUUCUUGCUAGUCCUAAUGCCUUUUAAUUAUUUUAUGUUUUAAGGUUGUGGAAGAUCUUGCCGCGACAGCUUCUUCGAACCUCACUUCACCUCGUGUUAACUUGACGUUUGAACCAAUUAACCCACAGCAAAACUUAGUCGUGGGAGGAGUGUUUGAAUCUAUUAAGAACAGUCUGCAAAGCCUAAGGGUAAUUGAUCUUGUUUUCUGCUCCUACAACAACAACAACAACAACAACAAUAAUAACGAUAAUAAUAAUAAUAAUAAUAAUAACAAUAAUAAUAAUAAUAAUAAUUGAAUGAACAAAACAACCAAACAGAUAGUGUAGUAGAUGAUGUGUUUGUAGAAGAAGCCAACAAUUGUUAUGAGAAAUCAAAUGAACAUGAGGUAGAACCAUCACAAACUGCAUCUGAGUUCGAAGACCUAGUUAAAGAAAUUAAGAGGGCAAGAGCUAAAUGGGAAAACAUCAGGAUGGCAGAGAGGCCCCCUCUACCCAAGAUAUCAGUGAACAGAAAAGCUGAGCUGUUGAUCAAACAAGCAAACCAAGGAACUCAAUUGGUAAUGGCAGAAGAGGCACCCAACCUCAAUAAAAUCAAUUUGUUACAAUAUGUCACUGCGUAUGUGAUAUCUGAAAAGUUGGGUAAAACGCCAAAACUCCCAAAGAGAAAGAGCAAUAAACGGCAACAACCAAAAUGGAAGACAAGAAUAGAGAAUCAGAUUAAAAGCAUGAGAGCUUAUCUGUCGGUACUAUCGGACAUGGCACAGAAAGGUGAAAGCCAAAAGAUCUCCAAGAAAAAACAAAGAAUUAAAAAGAAAUACAAAAUAACAACAAAUCAAGAACUGCAAACAGUAAGAGAAUCCCUUAAAAUGAAAAUUCAAGCAAUGAAAGCCAAAAGAUCUCCAAGAAAAAACAAAGAAUUAAAAAGAAAUACAAAAUAACAACAAAUCAAGAACUGCAAACAGUAAGAGAAUCCCUUAAAAUGAAAAUUCAAGCAAAAGCCCAAAGAAUCAGGACAUAUGUAAAAACAAGUAAACAAUUCAGUCAAAACCAGAUGUUUGCAAACGAUAGGAAAAAGUUCUUCAGAAACCUUGGUAAAGACUAGAUAUCAGUUGAAAAACCACCUGAGAAAGAGGCAAAAGAAACAUUUUGGCGUAACGUCUUGGAGAACGAUAGAGAGCACAACCAUUCAGCAGAGUGGAUAAAGAAGGAGGAGCAGAAAUAUGCUGAUACAGAAUGCCAACCAUGGGAGGACAUAAGUCAACAUGAGUUGCAGACCGUUUUAAAGAGAGCAAGCAACUAGAAGUCACCCGGCCCUUAUGCAGUUCCUGACUUCUGGCUAAAGUAACUCACAGCACUACAUCAACACCUACUGAAUGCAUAUAACCAAGCAAUAGAACACCCAAAAAAUCUGCCUGAUUGGUUCACUACAACACAAACAUAUUUACUACUAAAGAACAAAGACACAGAGAACCCCAAAAACUAUAGACCAAUUGCCUGUUUAUCAACAUCCUACAAGGUGCUCACAUCGAUUUUAACCGAAAGAAGCUACACUCAUAUCACAAAGAAUGAUAUAUUGCCGGAAGAACAGAGAGGUUGUGUCAGGGAUUCAUAUGGAUGCAAAGAUCAGCUCCUAAUAAAUAAAAUGAUCAUAGAAGACUGCAAAAAUGAAGAAAAAAAACUCGAGUAUGACUUGGAUAGACUACAAAAAAGCCUAUGAUAGUGUUCCUUACAGUUGGAUACUGAAGACCUUACAGAUGAACAGAUUUAAUGAAAAACUAAUCAAGUUCAUGAGAACCUCAAUGAGCGACUGGAAAACUACGAUGAAGCUAUCUUACAAUGAUGGAUGUAUCACAACAGAUCAGAUCAAGAUCAAAAGAGGGAUUUUUCAAGGAGAUUCAUUCUCACCUCUGCUAUUUUGUCUAGCCCUUUUGCCUUUAACAUCAGAACUGGCUACAUCUGGGUAUGGUUACAAGAUCUUAAACACAGGUGCUCCAAUCAGCAAUCUGUUUUAUAUGGAUGACCUAAAAAUUGUAUAGCUAGAACGAGCAAGAACAAGUUGGAGAACUGAAAAUCGUGAAACAAUUCAGUGAUGAUAUUGGUAUGGAAUUUGGACUUGAGAAAUGUGCCAAAGCCAGUUUCAAGAAAGGUAAACUGGCCUCAACUGGAAACAUAGUAAUAGAUGAUGACACAGAAAUACAAGAGUUGGACCAGGAAGGAGUAUACAAAUACCUGGGUGUGGAUGAAAGUGAUGGUAUCCAGCAUGGCAAAAUGAAAGAGGAGAUAAGAAAAGAAUAUAAUAGGAGAGUAAGAUUAAUCCUAAGAACUGAGCUCAAUGGAAGAAACAAAAUAGAAGCUAUCAAUAGUCUUGCAGUCCCAGUAGUGCAAUAUAGCUUUGGCAUCAUUGUCUGGAAAAUCUCAGAACUGAAGAAGAUUGACACAAAAACACGCAAACUAUUGAACAUGCACAAGAUGUUACAUCCUAAAGCAGACGUGGAAAGACUGUACAUCCCAAGAAAAGAUGGAGGUAGGAGCCUGUUGAUGUAGAAACAGCAUUCAAAACAGCAACAAUAGGGCUUGAUCACUAUCUGAAGCACAAAGAAGGGCAAUAACCAAAGCAGGUGCUUGAACAUGAAAGAUCUAAAGCCAAAAAUUCAAUAUCCAAGAAUGCUACUAAAUUCAAAAGGAGUAACAAUGCCAGAGAUUGAGAACAGAGAAGAUAAAUCUGCCUCUGCAAAUGCUAAAGCCCUGAAACACGUGCUUAAGUUCAAGAUGAGGGCAAAGAAAGAAGAAAAGUGGAAAAACAAAGCAUUGCAUGGCCGUUAUCCAAAGAUCCUAGAGAAGCCUCAUGUAGACACAGUCACCACCAACAAAUCGUUGUCGAGUAAUUUGAAAGGAGAAACAGAGGGACUACUUGUAGCAGCUCAAGACCGGGCAAUAAACACCAGAAACUACCAGAAAGUAAUAUGUGGCCAGCAAGUGGAGAGCAAAUGCAGAAUGUGUUCGCAACAUGAAGAGACAGUGGACCAUAUUGUAUCUGGAGGUGAGGUAUUAGCCAAAACAGAGUACAUCUCCAGGCACAAUAAUGCUUCAGCAUAUCUCCAUUGGAGCAUCUGUAAAGAUCGUAAUAUAGAGAUUACAAACAAAUGGUACGAACACUAGCCAGAGACGGUGAUGCACAAUAAAGAUAACAACAUCACCAUCAUGUGGGACAUGCCAGUCAAUACUGAUAGAACUAUAACAGCGAACAGACCAGACAUCAUCGUUAAAGAUUCAGUGAAUUCCACCUGCAAACUGAUUGAUAUGACUGUUCCAUCAGAUAGAAACAUCGCAAUGAAGGAAACUGAAAAAAAAAAGCAAGUACAAAGACCUAGAACUAGAAAUACAGAGAAUGUGGCAUAUAAAAACCCUAGUGAUCCCUGUGGUUGUUGGUGCGCUUGGUACAGUGAGGAAGGGUAUGGUAGAAAACAUCAAGAAAAUAUCAGAGAGAGCUACUAUGACAGAGAUUCAAACGAUCUGCAUGCUGGAAUCUGCGCGAAUCCUCAGAAAGGUGCUCAGUGUAUGAACAGAAUGACUGACUUGAGUGACUGACGCUCUAGGUGCAUGGUUUGCGCCCGGCUGAUGCACAAAAAAAACACCAGCAAAGACUGUGAUAAAAGAGACAAUAAUAAUAAUAGGGUGACUCACUUCUAUUACGUAGACCACCUUAAAGCGUUCGUUUCGUCUUAGACCAAGCUGAACAGGUCCGCACGAUCUACCAGUGCAGCUAUGCAGGAUACCGGCUUGCUGUGGAAUCCAAAGGAGUGCAGUGUUAUCCAGGUCAGGAAGGGCAAGCAAGUUGAAGAUGCAGCAGACCUCAAGCUGGGCGAGACGGCUUUGGUCGAGAACCUCAAGACUGGUGUCAACAACAUUUUCCUUGGUGUAAGGGUCGUGGACUCAAGUCUGUAGAACAAGAGUAAAAAUUAAUUGAUAUCAAGGCGGCUAUGGAGCUACAUGUAUAUGAGAAUCCAGACCGGAUGAUGAGAAUUGUGCGGAUAUUUGAUGGGAUUCUCCUCACUUGUGAAGGACGCACACAAUUUAGUCUGGCAGCUAGGGACUGGUCUGAAUUUAGCCGCUGCCUAACCAUCGUGUAGCACGCAACAGAGGAUCAGAGGACAUCCGGUGAGACAAUAUCUUACGAAAGCUGUGGGAGAGAAUGUUAAGGAGAGAUGGCAAGGACGUCUGCUGUGGGCCAGAUGGGAAGACGACCUGCUGCGUGAACAGGGCCGUUUUGUGUGGUUGAAUGGGCGGGCGUGCGCUCCUACUCCUGCUAUCGCAGGGGGUGUGGAACUUUACGAGCAGCUCUUACUACUUCUUACUUCUAGUCGACGCCUAAAAGAGGACAGGAAGAAGACUGACACCAAAAGGUUCUAGCGAUCUCUCAUACAACUUUCAAGAUCUCUUACGUUCUCCAGCCCAUUAUCCCUCAAUAGUGUGUUAAUAUAUGUAGUUGAAGGACAUCAUCUUUUUGCCAUCCCAUGUGUAGGCACUCAUGUUAUCAGGUGUUAUACUGGAGAACAUGUUCAGAAAGAGCAAUCCUUAUAUUUUGAAUGGUAGAGGUCACCUUUUUUAGACCACCACAAAGCUCGCAAUUUUAACCUUAUUCUUCUAAGAUGUGUUUACCACCAUUUGCAGCAUUCUUGUAUAAGUUCCACCGAGGCUUCUUUCUUUGUCAAAGAACGAGUGUCACUCCUGUAAAGGAGAAUUGUCUCCUUAGUUGCUCUGAAUAACUUCUGCCUUUUUUUUUUCUGCAAAGUCACUCUUCCAGAUGUUGUUCACUUUGUUUAGUGAUUGCCAGGCCACUGCUGUGCGGACUUUUAUGUCUUUUUCCUCAGAACAUGUCCAGCUGCCCAGGUAUUUGCGGCUUGCUCCCCUGUCUCUUCCACGCCUGUUUGUUUGCCUUUUUUUUACCAUAAUUUGUCUCUAUUUCUACACUUUCAACGUUGAUAUACAUAACUUUGGUCUUUAUUGCAUUCUAUAUUCCCAUUGCGUAAAAGCUGCCUGGCUUGCCUAAUCUCGUCAGACAGAAGAACAAGGUCUUCAGCGUAAUUCAAGCCGCUCUUCUUUUCCCUGUGUGGCUUCCCACAUUGCAUGAUCAACCGCAAUGACAAAUAAAUAUGGUGCCAAAGUCACCCACCAUAACUCCGAAAAAUAUCACCCAGUUAAAAAUAAUCUGUUUCACCGUCAGGGGAUAGAACCUUCCCUUUGAUGUUGCUACAUUUUAGCAUGAUUGUAUUCGUGAUUCUCUCAGCGAUGUUGAACAUCGCUUGAUGGUUAAUGGAGACGAAUGCUUUACUAAAGUCAAUGACAACCAUAAUUGAUGGUAGAUGGUAAUUCUUGACUCCUUCAAGGAUACCUCUCAAUGCCAGCAUCUGCGUAAUGGUAGAUCGACCCGGGCGAAAGCCAUUCUGGUUAUAUCGCAGACAUGGAUCUAUUUUUGGGCAUAUACGAUUUAAUGGCACUCUGUUUAUUAGGUUGGCGACUAUCGAUGAGUAAGCUGAUACCUUGUCGUCGAUGUCACAGCGUUUCAGUAUCUCAGGCUCUCCAGGUGCUUUACGUUGGCUUAUCUGCUUCUUAGCAUCAAGCACUUCCCACACUGUGAAUUCAGUCUGUCUAAUUGCAAGGUUAUGCAGAACAGGAUGAACAUUAUCCAGGGUUGUGUCUUCAGCAGGGGUUCCAACUGAAGCCUACCCGAGCUUACGCGCAGAGACCGGUACGUCAGACCAAAAUAACACCAUGUGGAGAAUGUGUGGGUAAGGUACUAGAGAGCUUUGCUCAAGUUUUGGCACGCUGUUGAUCACUGGCGCAGACUAAAUACAUGACCAGGCAUAAUGCUGCACUAAUAGCGCUCUACUUUGACGGAAAUGGUAAGGGACCUCAAGCUUGCCGACUCUUCUCCUCUUUGGUACUCACGAGUGGAGCUCAGCCUGUUGUACCUGUAAGACGACGCUCAAACAUACUGAGAUGUUCCUGUUUACGCAGAGCACACAUAGGGUUGAUUUGCCAUUUGUAAACCACAAGGAGAUGAGUGUGGUGGCUGUGGAAAUGAGCUGUCCAUGAUUGAACAACCGCGCGAAGAAGGAUACUGAGAAGACAGAGAAGUACCAAACACUGCGGUGGGAACUUGCUAGGCAAUACCCAGGCUACAAGAUCGUGCAGCUGAACGUCAUCAUUGACGUUCUGUCGGAAUAGUCCAAAGAGCUAGAUGUCGAGAUGAGUGCGCUCUUUGGUGCGCUGUUGAGCGAUGUUCUGAAGUGGACGCAGAAAGCUGUACUGUCCAGAAACGGCGAAAUAUUUAGCACGAAUAAUUAUGGCUCAUAUUCCAUGAGGGCUAAGCCAAUCAAAGCUCUAGAAUUGGUUUAUCCAAUGAUUCAGGUAUUCAUCAAAAAUAUUUCUCCGUUUAUGAUUGACUCCAAUCUCCCGGCGAAUUCUUCAUUACUAACUGUCGCUGAACAUAUUUGAAAGAUGUGAGCAAUAUACCAUCGAUUCGAUGGUAUAACAUGAUUAUGAUAUACUAUAGAUCAACCUCGUUUCUAGGCGCGGCAGCCUAGCUGUAUAUUCCUUAGUGAAUUAAUAAAAAAAAACGGUGUUCACGACUAUCCGAAGGCGAAAUACUGAGCUGACUGAACAGAAGAAAUGCAAGGCAAGAUCUGCAUAAUUCUUCACAUCCUACGUACUCAGCCUCGUUCAAUAAUUCCUUAUUAUAAGCUCUCUAAAUAUGGUCAGUUUACGUGUGAGUUUAAGAAUAAACAAGAAGCGAACUUGAUUUUUUUUUCGCGGAGGAAUUACUACAACGCUGAAAGAGUGCAAAUUGCUUAGAUUUGACCCUGAAGCAUAGUAUCCUAUUGUUAUGCAUUUCCCAUCGACAAUUGGAAGUUCACAUCAUCAUUCUAAAUUGAUGAUGUUCUUCGCACAGACGGAAAUACCUCUGUGCUCGUAGACGUGGAUGUACAUUUCUUAACCAAAUAUCAAAUGUUUUCAUUGAUCAGGAAAGAGACUAUAAAAUCUUCAUCGGAGAAUUUGCUGACAGAGGAGCCGGCUUGGUUUUUUGCGAGGUAAGAAAAGUAGAACUAUAUAAUUGUUCCCGUAAAAAAGUGAACUGGUGGUAUGAAGCGUAUGUGGAUGUCUGGUGGUGGUGUUGGUGCUAGUGUGUGUGUGGAGGUUCUGCCCAAAAGAGGUACCUUUUUCAGGUUUCAGUUGUGUGAAAGGGCACGGAUUUCACCAGUUGAAGUAUAUGAAAGAGCGUAGGAAAGUAGGUUCUUAGAUGGCCUAAAAGGACUAAGAGAUGCAUUUAUGGCUAUGAAAAAAGUCAAGAAAGCGUUCUGGCUUUGUGAUUUAUUCAUAUUUUGAAUACAGUGCCUUUACAGUAGUAAAAGGUGAUGCAACGUUCUGACCAAGGUAUGUGAAGAAGGGGUAAUUAGUGUCAACGUCUUUACACAAUUUGAGUUACUGUAGUUUCUUUUUGGCUGUCUGUAGAAUCGCAUCUUGUAGGACUCAAUAAAGCUUGAAAGGUACGCCUAAAUUGGUAUAAUUUAGGCCGUUUAAAUUUUAAUUUUCCGACAAUAAUCCCGGCCAAUUUUACCCGUAAGUCACCCUUCAAGAAAUUUAACAGCCAUGAUCAGGAGCGCAUCACCCAAGAGAGUCCAUUUUAAAAAUGUCCUGGGAUAAGGAUACUCGGUGGAGAAAAAAGGCGAAAACCGUAUUUACUCGAUUAAACAACGAAAAUUGGAUCAAAAUUGCUCUCAAAUGAAUGCCACAUUAAUCAUAAGAAUGCAGCGUUUAUUCGAGGAUUAUAGAAAAAUCUUUGCAAUUUUGGAACCGAUACACCUUUAGGACGAUACUAAGGGUGCUUUCUAUUUGUCAGAACUGGCCGGCCGGACCAUUGCCAGACCAGUCAUUUUGACAGUGAAAUCAGCCUUUUCCAAGAAUUUUUGCUGAAAAACCAUCUCCUUCCCGACACUAUAAUUUAGGAUUUGACUGAUCUGGCUGGAUAGUUUUGGUUAACAGUCAAAUUCUCAUUAUGACGGGAAGGGUCUGGCCGGACAGUUCUGACAAAUGGAAAGCGCCCGCCGAAGUAUCCGCCUUAGAGAGAUGGCCCUCUUAUAGAGAGUCAAAUGAAAGGAGUGAAAAAAGGAAGAUACAUCUCCAACUUUAAGAUCUUUUUUCUCUAGGUUUCCGUUUUACAGAGGUGUCCGUCUUAUAGAGGUACGUGUCCGUUAAGAGACAGUCGACUGUAUAUGGUGUUCUACAUCAUUAAGCUAUCUCGAUUCUAUCUCAGAAAAAGAACAACGCAUGAAAACUCUUUACAUCUUUUUGUUUUUAAUAAUAUUUACAAAUGAUGUUUUAUAGUCGACUCUCUCUUAACAGACACCUCCAUAAGACGGACACCUCCGUAAAACGGACACCUAGAGUUGGUGCCUACCUUUCUUUACUCCUUUUAUUUGACUCUCUAUAACAGGGCUAUAACACAAAACUUUAUUUUACAUGAAAAUCGAUAACUUGAUGUAAUUGCUGAAAUUUUAGAGGUUGCAAAUAAUCCAAAUCUCAACAAAAACAGGGGUAGCCCAGUGCGAGGCGAUAGAUGGUUCGAACUCCACGUGAUAGAAUAUUAAAGCAGAUUUAAUGACAGAUUCUUAUAGUUCAUAACAAUAGCAGUCGCUUGACAACAAUUCAAUGUAAUAGCAAUGUUCGUGGCCUAGUUACGACGUCACAGAUCGCAGUAGUAGCGAGUAGUAAUACACGUAGUAGACGAAGUGAUAGCAGACGUAGUCGACGUAACAAAACGUAGACGUAGACGUAGACGUAGGCGUAGGUUCGAACUGAAAGCGAUAAUUAAAGAAUACGAAUUUGGUCGACGACUCGCACCAAAAGUAGCAAAAAAUAGCACUCUAGCAGCAGCAAAAUAACUUGUGAUAGCAACUCCAAUGAUAGCGGGAUAACUUAUAAUUUCUAGUAUUGCGUUGCCUCUUUUAUAAUAGAGUAUACGUGUAUUAUGCCUAGGGCGUUAACUAAGUAGUGCACCAUGGCAUAGGCGUGAAAACCUACAAAAUGUUUCUAGAAAGAUUGAUAUAAUCAAGUUCUAUAACCUAAAAAUACAAAACUGUCUUAAAGCAACUAAAAAAUAUUAUUAAACAAAUGAACAAAAGAACAUUUCAAAACUAACACUUACAAGUACAGACUACCUGGAAUUGGCAAAGCUAAUCGGGGCAGGUAGUAUGGAGACGUAUCACUUAAACGUAAUUUACAAUCAGUUGAUACAAAGGGAUUUUACUGAAUCAGGCAUUAGAAAUUCGAAAAUCUUCCGUCAUUAACUGGGAGCGUAAAGAGACACGUCCUGUCAGCACACGCACAUGCGUAAGACAGACAUCAGGGUCUAAGACGGACACUUAGUGCAAGCAGUCCCAAUGGUGAUCGUCUAAGAGAGAGUUGACUACAUCGUCAUUUUGUUGUCUGUGAUUUAAGAGAGGUAUACUUUUAAUAUAAACGACAACCUCGAAAAAACGUUCAGGCGUUUAGUCGGUAACGUUGACGGUAACGGGGUCCCCGCUCUGUUGGCCUCUUUCGUACCUAGCCCGUUAUUCGAUUUUGUUUUUCUCACCAACGGGCCUUGUCCCAGGCUAUCUGAAAAAUGGUACCUUAACGCAGUUUUUCUAGUAUCGUUAGGGAGUUUACGGUAAUACGACGGCGACAGCGGCAAAUACCUCGCUUAAAAAUUGACUUCUCGAUCUAUGAAACUUUAGCGCGAUUAACCCCAACUCGGUCACUAUGUUUUAUAUAGGUGAACUCUCCUGGAGUUGAAUUCUUAAGAAAAAUAUCCAGGUUUAAAAAGAGUAAGAGAGAUUCGUCGUUGUAUGUUUACGUUGUCGAUAAAACGUGAAAUUGGGCAAUUCACGUCGUAGUCGUGCAGUGACGGAAAAGAAAUGUACAAAAAAGCGUGAUUCAAGUGCAGAGUUGUCGUUUUGCUAAUCUUAACCAAUUGCUCUUUGACGUUCUCGUUGACGAGCCACCCUUCCGCCCCACUAAAAUAUAUACCUUUCUGACUCGUUUUUUAAGACAAUCACCCAGACUGACGAUCCAUCGAUCGAGCCACCGAGCCACUUGUAUGUCUCAUCUCUCUCUCGUUCUUUAAAUACUUGUCAUGACUAACGAGCCACCGAGUCGCUUCUGUUUAAGACCUUAAAGACCUGAAAAUAUGGUAAUGUAUUUUCCUGCAAGCCUCAGACUGCUCAGAUUCAUGUGUGGUAAUGGGCAUGUACUGAGGAAUAAACGAUUUUUUUUGUCUGGUAGUUGUAUAAAAUGGGAAUGUACGGACCAGAGUUUGUUUGGAUUUUAAACCCGAAUGCUGGAACCAUAGAUGAUUGGCUCGAUCUUGCCGACAAAGCGAAAGAAAAGAUACAAAAAGAGAAUCAGGAACAGAUAUGCAACAAGACGCAAUACCAGAAAGCUUUAAAUAGAGCAUUUACAUUUAAGGCACUCAUGAUAAGGGAGGACGACAACUUCACUACCUCAUCAAAUCUGGUAAGACUAAUAUUUCUUUUCGUGAACGCAGCUCCUUCAGUAGAUCUGAUAUUAAUAGUAUAUUUACAAGGGUUGAAGUAAGCUUCCAGGUUACAUGUUAAGAUCCAAAUUCACAGGAAUUUCGAUGGCUACAGCUAGAAUUCUUUCUGUUCAGUCGAGCAGAGUAAAAUCCUAUAAUCCUGAUGAGUUUUCAGUUUUGAAAGUCUUCAUUUUUUUCUUCCAUUCACUCUGCUCGCGUGGCCAAAAAUGUGACCGAGUUUUGAUGGGCGCGGUUUGAGAUAUGUGAUAUGUGAUAUGUUUGUUUCCGGUUUGUUUUAACAAAGUUAAGUUAGGAAGUUUUACGCCCUGGGUACCAGAGAUUGGCGACCAAUUGAAAGAUAGGUAUUUGGCAAGAAAUGAGCUAAUUUUGAUUUGUCGUACUUCCAUUUGCAGACAGUAUCUGAGGCAUUUUCAAGACUGGGCAUAAAUGAUCUAUCGAGCGAUAAAACGAAAAACCUGGCCACAACUUCGUUUGAUGCUAUGUGGGGCACUAUGCUAGCCAUUAAAGAAGCUAGUGAAACAAAAAACGUUUCUGAUAAAUUGGGAAAUAACACGAACGAUACAGAAAAUCAGGAAGUAUCUAAUUUUCUGGUGAAAAAACUUACAGAGUUGAACUUUCAAGGACUAACGGUACGUUUUACUUUUUACUGUUUUAUUUUCUAUUUUGUGAGAAAGGCGUGGGAAAGAUGAUUGAACUUAGCCUCAAAGUAUUUUUGUCAUGAUUUUUAGUCGGUAAUUCUGCUAUUUCGUCUUCGCAUAGCCGUGAACUCUUUGGCAUUCUCUUAAGUUCUACACUCGUAGCAAAACAGCUAAGCUGCCAAGUCGCUUUCUUGCGAGACGUCAGUGACGGUAUAAUCAAACAUUUCAGUGACGUUUCAGGAGUAACUGUUGUUAGUGAUAUUUACUGUUGUUAGUAAUCUAUAAAUCUAAGAAUCUUCUAUCUUCUAUCUUCACUUCUCUUUGGUCUUUGAAUGAAUAAUAAUAACAAUCAGCUAAUGUGAACUAAUAUCUGAAAGACCAUCCCGUCUAAAUGGCAUAUUUGAGGAGUUAAGUCUCAUUUCAUUUUACCUCUAACGCAUUACUUUCCUAGAGUGUCCCUCCCGCAGUAGAACCAGGUUUUUUUAACAUGGCCUUCUGGUGAUCAGUGCAUUCCUUCAUUGAAGAGGAAAAAAAGACCUUAACCUUCAGGGGCCUGUGACAGUUGUAACCGCCACUCGACCAGCCCUUUGAGAGAACACUCGAAGAGUCAAAAUGCUGUAAACGAGAAAUGUAAAAUCGUGCAGCGCCCGUGAAAUAGACAAUGCGAUUUGUGACUAUUUCCAAAUACUUACAUAGCCCUCGUGGCAAAACAACUAUUUGAACGGAUCUAUCUUCAAGGUAUUCUGCAGUGUCCUGGCCCCGUCGUCAAUUCAAAGCCUCGUGGCUAUAAAAUUUACAAGAAUGAAAUAUAUUAGUAUGUUACAUAUUUAUUGAUUUCUAGGGCCCAGUGUCUUUCAACCCAGACAAAAGGAGAAAAGACGUUAUUAUUGUUCUACAGCAAUACCGAGGUAUAAAUUAUAAGAAAUUUACGGUAUACUCAUUUCCUAAACUGUAUGCAAGAAUUAAAACUAAGGCCCGGUUCAUAGACCGGACUUUUCAUGAUCCGAACCUAAAACAAAGUACAGUCGAACCUCCACGUGCGACCACCUCCCGUAGGCUACCACCUCCCAUAAGCGACCGCCUUCCCAAAACACCAAAAAUAUUCUUAGUCAAAGCCUUAUACUGGAAUCUCUCGUAAACGACCACCUCCCGUAAGCGAUCGCGGCCACUUUUUCGGCUGAUAGUUUAGAAUUGUCUAUUGUUUUCAACCUCCGGUAAGCGACAUCUAGGCACAUGGUCUUACAUUGUAAAAAUGGGCAAAAAGGAAUUUAUUCUUUGGCUGUCAUUAUUGUCUACACAUCUAUUACUGUGUUCAUUAGUUCGAUCUAUAACUACAGUACUAACCAUUACCCUUAAGAAAAAGACCCAGAUUUCCAGGUUUCAGUUAAAGAAGUUAAGUUUGUGUUCGUUCGACGUUUUAGAGGCAUUUCUUUACAAGAAGUCACUUACACAACCAAGACUUUGUAACCUCAAAUUUGUAACGCGCGUAAUCUAAUUAAAUGCACUUCCGUAAAUGAGCUGUCACGUAGAUUAGCUAAUAAUUUUGUCAAUAAAACUACCAGUAAUUGGCAGUGGAAGGUAAACUUUCAUUAUUUUUUUUAGAAUAAAUGUACCACUCUAUUCGGCUAGGCUGAAUUAAAUUUUUCGCCCCUGCGGUCAUCCAACUCUCGUAAGCGACCACCAAGCUUAACCUCUAAGUCCCAAUAUCAACAUACAAAUUCUCCAAACUGAUCCUCAUACAUUUCCUUUAAGAAUGAGUUGAGAAAAUUUAAUAAAAGAUCAAAGCAUUUUCUCUUAGGUGAUCAUUUUAUUAAUUCUCAAAACCUAAUCUCUUGACAAUGUAUGGAUAUUAUUAGGAGAAAAUUGAUGUUGGUCACCAUUAGGACUUAAAGGGUAAACCUUUGCAUUUUGGGCGGUCGCUCGCUUACGAACUUGGGCCCCGUUUCUCGAAAGGACCGGUAACUUUUCUGGCCCCAAAUUAUAUAUUCAAAUCAAAAUGUAAAGAAUAAAAGCGCGGGAUCUAGCUGACAAACCAGUUUUUUUUGUUUUGUUAACGGAUAGUUUUAUCAUGUUUAUCUGCAAAAGUAUUGAAACCUCGAUCUUGAAUGUAAACAGCAACAACUUUCCGGGCCCGUUAAUUAUUGGGACUUUCGAGAAACGGGUCCAUGGUGCAUUAAUUAUGAUAGCGUAUUUUGCAAGCAGUUUUACCGAAAUGAACAUUUUUCUCCUUUGAAUUUACUUCUACCGGAAGUAAGAUUGUUGUCUGAAUCAAUUCACCCGGUCUAAAUAAUUUGGGUCGGCCUUAAUUCGAAUUAUGUUGGGCUCAUAAAAGUUCGGCCUCUAAACUGGGCCUAAGAACUAAGAAAUAUAUAAAUCCAAUACUUUAGUUCGUAAAUGAGUUUAUUUGCCUGCGCCCGAAGCACCAUUAGCCUGGGAGGCAGGCCUUGAAAUGAAGUGUAAAACAGACCUCUCCCAUUUCUCCUUUCACUUUAGUUUCUCCCCCUACCCCUCACCCCCUUUCUUUGCCUCCCCCUCUCCAUUUUGGCUUUGCAACGCACACUAAUUACCAUGGGGAAGAAAAUCUGAUUAUCUAUCCAUGCGAAAAUUAUUUUGUCACUUGACCGUCCAUUUUAACGUCGGAUCAUUCCAUCCUUAUCAGCCUUAUCAGCCUUUAGAUUAUUAUAGUCAUUAUCGUUAUCAUUAUUAGGUAAUUUAUGUAAAUAGCGCACUGAAAAAAAAGAAAGAUGGCGAAGAUUGAAUAAGCUUAAUCCUCACCAAUUUUUUCUCAUCUAUCAAACUCUGUGAAAUCUUUGCUGUAAUUGGAUAUUCAAACCUUUUUCUGACUUCACUAUACAGCAGACUAAGUUUUAGCUUAAACUCAGGUCGCAUUAUCUACACAAAUAAUAUAAAUUUCACUGAAUUUUAUCGCAGAAAAAGAGAACAAGUGGGUGAACGUUGGUGAAUUCUUCGUAGAUGAAAGUGGUCAAUCAACCUUGAAAUUUUAUAAAGGCAUGAAAGAGACAUUAUGGGAAGGUAUGUUUAUAGGCCAUUUCCGAGUUCAAAAACUCUCUCGUUCAAAACGAAGCUAAGUGCAAAACCUUUCGUGUGAAAAAAAGCUUUUUGUUUGCAUGAGAAUUAAAAAAAAUCAUUUUCAUGUCAAUGGCUUUACAUUUAGCCUCGUUUUAAAACUGAGGCUUGGGGCAACUCGAAAAUCGCCUCCAUUAAGCGGCCACCUCCGCGGAGCCGGCAAAUACAAAGUAAUCUCUGGAUUUCCCAUUAUACGCUCAUGUAAGUUGUGUUCAGUUCCAAGGUUCAGACUUAAAAGUACUCAUGCAUAGUUUCCUGAUGUAUUUUAUAGCUGGAAAAGCGUGACAAACUAUCAGACCAAUAGAAAUUGUAUUAACUGUAGACUAAUCGGCCUCGUAUUUUGCUCAAGGUGGACCUGUCCCAAGCGACAGAACGCUGAUAACAACGCAGCGAAUGGAUACUCCGCGAGCGCUCUUCAUCAUCUUCUCAACGGUGGCCUCCUUUGGUAUAGUUCUAGGGAUCAUUUUCAUGGUAUUCAAUCGCUACUACCGCGAUUGCAAGUGAGUUUCAUGCACUCUUUAAUAAAGGAGAAAGGUAGAUGUUUUACUAGGGUGAGGAGAUACCCCCAUAUGUAAACUACACUGGUAUAUCCUGGGUAAGAACCAUUACGCACACACAGGAGCCUAUGACACUAGUCAUGGACUCCUGGCACACAUCAAUCCAAAAUGGAUGCGGAAGUAGUGUUCGGACCUUCGCAAUAGUUAUACAAAGGGUCGCAAGAGGUGAUUGCAGUUUUUAAAAGAACACGAUCGAUACCGGAGAAGAUUGGCUAAGGUUACAACAAAUAGUACGGUUUUUGGUCAUGAACUUCAGAGUUUGAAAACAAAGAAACGGCGAGUUUCUUGAACGACUUCAAACCCUUUGGUACAGUUCUGCCUUGUCUUCCACUAAACCUCAGGUCUCCACAGAUUCUUUUAACAAGAAAGUGAUAGAUUAAACUCAGCUGGGCUCAAUGCGCGGUGACGUAAAUAUCCCACAUUGCUGUUCAAAAAGAGUAGGGGACGUAGAUGGGGAAGGGGGCUGUUACAGGCCUGCAGUAAUGUAGUUCUGUUGCGGUGGCCCUUCUAAAAAAUGGAAAAUGUUAGUAGAUGAAUAAAAAAAUAAAGACCUUUAUCAAAUGUUUGAGAGGGGAGAAAUAUCAUGUGAUUCAGUGACUGACCGAAAUUUAAUGGCAUGUGAGAUUCCACGCAUAAAUUAUCAGUUGCAUGGCGAAAAUUAUACGGUUUAGGGUCGGGUGAAGCUUUACUUAUUGAACAAGUCACCCCAACUCAAAUCCAUAUCACAUAAUUUAUGCGUUUUUUUCAGGUCAUGAGCAAAAUCGAUCUUUUCUCCUUUUAUAUUCACAAAAAUGAGAAAGCAACGAGUAUCAGGAAAUGCUUACCGGUUUCCUUUUCGCAGUUAUGCUGACCUAACGCAAUUGUUGUUUUUUUUUUCUAGAUUUAUUCGUCUAUCUGCUCCGAUGUUUAAUGAUAUUAUUGUAUUGGGAUGUAUCAUGUGUUUGAGCACAAUAUAUUUAUUUGGAAUCCGGAAAGUCAACGAUGGCAAUAGAACCAUGCCACGUAUUUGCAAGGUGAGGAGUAACGUUAAUUUCAUGUGGUUAUCUACCAGUCAAACCCGAAAAGGAUUUCAUAAUUCUUUCUGCAUUCAGCAUGGGCAACGCGUUCACGGGUCAUUGUUCAUAUAUUCACUGUUUUGUUGGAGUAUUUGAGAGCUUUUGAAAAAGCCGGUUAAAUGAGGGCUUUCUGGAAUGAACAGUUUUUUGAAAUGAACAAACCUUCGUAAAAUAGGAUAUUCACAUUUGAAUGAACGGUUUGACGCAUGGGAAAAUUUUUGAAUAGCUGCCUGUGGGUGGGGAAUUAGACGCUUUUUCAAGCGCUAGCCGGUGGAUCAUGCUACCACCUCUAUACCAAUUUACCGGGGAAUUUAACCAAAAAGGUCAAAUGCCUAGGCCUAGGGGGUUUGCCGGGGGAGGGGCAUGGGCGGUUUUGGAAUUGACUGGUACAUAACGAUGGUAGUGGUAGUGUAACGGACUCCAAUAAACUGAACCAAGAGCUAUUCACAGCCGAUAAAGGAGAUUAUCUGAGCCAGACGACUAAUUUACGGACGGUCUUAUAUAUGUAUUAAUUUUAACUACGCUCAAAGAUACUAUCUGUUUUUCUUUUAAUUCUUUAAUUCACAUUUUAUGAUGUACCUUAUUUUUUUCAGGCUCGUGCGUGGCUUUUGAACAUAGGAUUCUCCUUGGCUUUUGGAGCCAUGUUCAUCAAAACCUGGCGAAUUUACAAGAUUUGUACAAACAAGCGUCUGAAAGUCCGUGUAAGUGUAUCUAAUUUUUAAAUUGCUAGAAAGAAAAAACUUUAAAAAUAUAUUGGAACAAAGCAAUUAUUGGAUUCGGUUUCGUAUGAUCUGAAGAAUUGCGCUGAUCUCGCAAUUCUUCAAAUCCAAAUCAGUCUCAACCAAUAAUUGCUUACCGUAUUUAUUCGAUUAAGCGCCCAUCCUGUAGGGAUGAAAAGUUGACAAGCAACUAGCCUCGAACAAGAAGUUCAACCCUCCCCACCCACCACCCUCUCCCCCAAAAACCUGACGUGGACAAGAAAAUUGUUUAUUAUUUCCUUACUGCCCAAUAUGCUUAUCGUCGAGGCAACACGCGAGAGUUCGCUUAUUGACCUCACUGACAAUGAGAGAGAAAUUGACUAGGUUCUAUUAGGAGACUUCCCUGAGGACAAACUUCUUAGUCAUUUUUAAAUAAACUUAAAUAAACGGUUAAAAAUUCUACUUUGCUACAUCUUCACGUUUUGUUUUUAUUUACUAUUUUGUCGGAAAAUUAACUUUAGUACUUGCUAAAAUUUAACGAAAAUUUAAUAAGCGCCCACUCUCAAGGCCCAGAAAUUUCAUAAGCGCCAUAAACACAGUAUCCUUAGUUCAAAUCAUAAAUAAGUGCAUUCCCUCUGCUAUACAACUUGUUUGACUUGCUAACGUCUAACACGUUUGAAAUUUAUCAGUUGGGUCCAUUGUCUGAUUGGUGGAUGCUGGCUAUGGUAUUUGGGAUCGUUGUGAUUGACGUGGUGCUGUUAGUGGCUUGGGAACUUACAGACCCGCUCCAACAUGAAGAAGCAGUCGUGGACAAGAAGGUUAGUGGACAGAUUACAACCUGCUCCAACAAAGAUUUUUCAGCGUAUAUCUUACACGAUAUUAGCACUUGUUGAGAUGUGUUUGUAAUGCUGAUUUCAGGUUUAUGAAAUUGCUCUAUUCAUGUGCUUCGAAUUUUUACUGUAUGAUUUCAUGUGGUGCGCGUAUAUGGCCACAUUUAUCCAAAAUGUUAUAUUUCUGUAAUUUUUGGAGGAAAAUUCAACUGGGAUCACAUGGACUUUGAAGCUUCCAAAUAACAGUUAGUAACUAUAAACACUAUUCACGAUCUGAAAUAACGCGUACGUGCUCUCCCGGCGAAGUGACCUGGUCCUUGGUAUUGAUGAUUAAUACUUGUAUUUUCGGUUUUCAUUGCAGAAUGAUCCAGGGGAUCACCUCAAAAUAAUAAUGUCUACAAUAAAUACAUGUACGGGGAAAAAUGUGGAAAUGUGGCUGGCAUUGAUUUAUGUUAGCAAGGGAAUUCUUUUGCUUUACGGGCUGUUCCUCGCUUAUGAGACCAGAAAUGUCGUGUAUGCGCAUUUGAACGACUCGCGAAUCAUUGGAAUUUGUGUGUACAACGUGGUGGUGCUGUCCACUAUUGGGGCGUUCUUGGCUCUAAUUUUGAAGAACGAACAGUAUGUAGAGUUAUACUCCGCACUAAGCGUGUGUAUAUCUUUCCCAGCUGCAGCCACUAUAUCGCUGAUCUUCAUACCAAAGGUAAAACCUGAUUUAUUCGGCCAUUUUCAACAGAUAAUUUCAUUACGAUUGUCACGGAUUUAAAAGCUCGAAGGUCGCAUCGUCAUGGAACCACUUGUAUUCAUCUGACAUAUCACUCCUCGUAUUAAAUUUAUACAGCCGCCAGGCUGCCUCGUUUCCAGGCGCCGUCUGCACUACUAUUGCAGAGGAUCACUGAUAGGAAAAAUAUAUCCUUCCCAUGACACAACGUGGGCUAUGUAAGCGCAAGGAAGGACGCCUGGAGUCAAGGCAGGCCGCCUGACGAGUUCACUUAGUAGAAACCGUCCAGCGUCUUUUAAGGUGGAUUUUUACCCACAUUCGUACGCGCGUAGAUAAAAUAGAAAUGUGUGGAAGGUCAGGCGUAAACGUAAAAGUUGAACCUUACUUAAACGUUUACACACGUCCUUUCAUACAUCGCCUAACUAUGUAUUUUAUUUAUGCGCGUAGGCACCGGCGUAAAAAUUACACGAUUGUGGACUAAUCCACCCUUAGGCUGCAGACCACCUUGUACUUCCUGUGUGCCUGACAUUUGAUGGUGCAUAUUACUACUACAGUAAUGAUAUUCAAAAAGGGUUGUCGGUAGACCAAACAAAAUGCAAUGGAUACUCAUUAUGUUAGCAAGAUUCCCCCAGUAUUUCAGCGGGCUAAGCGUGCACGCAACGCCGUUACAGGUAUUAGCGAAGUCGGGAUAUUCCAGAACAGGGUUCUUCAAUCCCGUAAUCUCGACCCAAAACUUCGUGCAAUCCCUUAAACCUGAUGGGCUUAUGGCAUCGCACCUCAAAUCCAAUCUCGAAACUCGCCCUGAUUUUGCUUUAAAAUCCCGAAUCCCGAGCUUCCAGUGAGGGAAAUCCCGAAUCCCGAGCUUCAUGUAAGAGAAAUCUCGGAUCCCGAGCUUCAUGUAAGGAAAAUCCCGAAUCCUGAGCUUCAAAUGAGGGAAAUCCUGAACCCGGAAAAACUCACUGGAGACCCUCAACCAGUGAAACAACACUGUUAUCAUCCAAUUAUUCAUUUAAAUCGUAAAUUUUUCUUUAUAGCUGAUACAUCGCCUAAAAGCAAGCUCCCUCGAAGGGGAAACCGUUGGAGAAUCGACCUUGAAUCACACUUUUUCUCGUCCAUCCAUCGACGUAACCAGCACAUUUAAGGGCACAGAAAUGGGAAGAGAAAGAUUCGUAGACGCUCCUCCGUCAGGCAACACACUCGGCGUCUAUCAAAAUGGAGGUUUCAUGGACAGUCUUUCUUCUAUUCCUUCACCCUCUCCUCCGUCA